GUAACUAACACUUAGUCCCUUCGGUAUCACCCUGUGGAAGGAAGAGACAUAUAAUUCUUCAUUGCAUUUAAGAAGCUGCUCAGCAUAACGCUCUGAGUGUGAGUGAUCGGCAAUCACUAAGAAAAUACUUGCAGGUUUGUCUCUGAUCCUAGCAGACCCUCUGGCACAGCGCUAUGAACAACACCCAGCCCAGCUCUGUUGCCUUCUUCAUCCUCCAAGGUCUGGGUAGUCUGGGAGAGAAGAGGAUGGUCCUGUUUGUCAUCUUCCUGCUGGCCUACACCAUAAUACUAGGAGGAAACAGCAUGAUCAUCUACCUGGUGCGGACUGACCCGAAGCUGGGCUCCCCCAUGUACUUUUUCCUCCACCACCUGUCCUUUGUAGACAUGGUGUAUACCACGGUCACCAUCCCUAACAUGUUGUCAGGCUUCCUGACUGAUUUAAAGACUGUGUCCUUCCCUGGCUGCUUCCUCCAGAUGUACUGCUUCAUUCACAUGGCCACAACCGGCCGUGCCCUUCUGACUGUCAUGGCCUACGAUCGCUAUGUUGCCAUCUGCAAUCCUCUCCGGUACACCACCGUGAUGACCCGCCCUGUCCGUCUGCUCCUCAUUGUCGGAGCGUGGACCUUCGGUGCUUUCUUCACCUUACCAGCAAUUACCAUGGCAACGCAGCGUUCGUACUGUGGACCCAAUGUGGUGCGCCACUGCUGGUGUGACCCGUCCUCACUGAGGGUUCUGGUGUGUGGGGACACACAGGUGGAAAAUAUGGUGUCGCUCUCCUCUGCUGUGAUAUCACUACUUACCACAGGCCUGCUUAUCCUGAUUUCCUACAUCCUCAUCGUUAUGGCGAUCGCUAAAAUGGGCACCACCCAGCGACUGAAGGCAUUCACUACCUGUGUUGCACACCUGACAGUUGUCUCCAUAUCUUACACUUCUGCCUCAUUUGUCUACAUCUCCUACCGUGUGGGAAACAUCUCUCCAGAGGUGCGUAUCAUUGUGUCGGUUCUGUACUCAGUUCUGACUCCGUUCCUGAACCCGAUGAUCUACAGCCUGAGGAACAAGGAGCUGAGAGAUGCCAUCAAGAGAGCAUUCUGCCCACACACAGACAUUUUGCCACAGGGCUGCAAAACACUCAACAUAAUGUCGUGGCACAAAACACAUUAA